UUUUAAUGUUAGAAACAUAUUGUGCAACCCCAACCCUUACAACACGGCUCUUCUGAAAUGACGCUUGGUUUUAGUCACACACAUGUACUGUGUGUGUAAGGUAAAUAUUUGCUUUAAUCUGCCGUUUACGUUUAUAAACCAUUAUACAAAUUCCCUUUAUGUAGUGUAGUUUGGAUCUUAUUCCAGGUGCACAUGCUCCAGAUAACAUCCCUCUGAUAUUAGACACCCACAGACACCAUUAUAGUUUACCUUAAAAUCAAUACAAUUCCCAUUAUAACCAUUAAAUCCAGUAUAAUUACUCUGAUGCUUUCGGAGGUUUAUAUUUUUCUCGGCAAUGUAUCGUGUUCGCUAGAGAGUCGUUUAUAUUUGUGCGAUUCAUAGAAGUAUUGACACAUCUGACGUGUGAUUGAUUCUAUUGUACAAACACACAGUAGAGAACAGUAAUAGUCUUCCUCCAGCAGAUGGCGUCGCGUGCGCCAGUGUGACUCCAGCAUCCGUUCAUCUGUUCACUCGUGAACCGCGACGUGACCAUGACACACACGAGCACCUGAAGACGGACAAAAACAACCGCGUUCUCGUCCUCCGUGGGCGCAGUGAUGUCUGAGACGCCAUGCCCGAUCUGCCGCUCCGCCUGCUGCUCGCGGCGCUGAUCUUCUGCGGGGACGCGUGCGUGGGUCGAGCGGAGGGUGGGGUGCUCGCCCACGGCCUCGCCUCGCUGUCGGAGGAGGACAAUGGGAGCGACGCGCGGAAGGAUGCGACGGAGUCUGUGUCAGGCUCGUCCCUGACGCUGAAGGUUUGGGUGAAGGAUUCGUCCAGUCAAAGGUUUCUGAAAGGAGCUCUGGUGUGUGUGUUUGUGAACGGAUCUCAGAUUCACUCCAGUCAAACUCUGGAGAAUGGAGAGGUCACUCUUACCGUCCCAUAUCACCUCGGAUUGACCCUCAACCUGGUGGCCCGCCGGGAGGGUUAUGUGCUCAGCCAGCUGCCUUGGAAAACCAGCAAGAUGCCCAUUUUUUCAGUCAUUACGAUGUCCCUGCGUCCUCAAACUCAAGGAAACAUCUGGCUGUUUGAGGACACUGUGCUGAUAACUCGAAAAACAUCUGAUCUGUCAUUUCAACCAAGUGUUCAGUUUAACAAAAGUCUUCUGAAACUGCCUGAGAACAGCAGCGCGUCCAUGUUGACGGCGUACCUGACAUCUGCAGCUCUGCUUACAGAAAAAGACUCACAUUUCUUUACUCUCAGCCACAGCGUUACAGGUUACAGAAAUGUGAAGUUGAGUCCGUUGGUGAUGAUCAGCGCUCAGUUAGUGUCUAAUGGAAAUGAGGUUGACGUCAAAGGUCCCGUUCAACUGACUGCACCACUUCCCCAUCACACUCAUCUCCAAUCCUCCGACACCAUUCCUGCAUGGACCUUUGAUAUGACCACAGGUACGUGGGUGAAUAAAGGUCUGGGAACUGUUCGGAUGGAGAAAAACGGCCUCGUGUGGACUUAUGUAGCACCUCGUGUCGGGAUCUGGAUAGCAGCACCAUCACCAUCCUCAGGUUUUAUGGGGUUUGCGGGCUCAAUGGAUUUCAUUUCUUACCACACAUACCUGCUGGUUGGUAUCUUGGGAGGAACUCUUGUCAUAGUCAUUGGAUUCUUAUCUGUGAUUGUAUUUCACUGCAGAGAUUUGAACCGUGAGGCCAGGAGAAGGCGAUGGAAUUCCACCAGACUCACGGUACUGAAGAAAGACCAGACCACCUCCACCAGCACGGAUGAGACUCAAGAACUCUUCUUUCGCAAUGGAGAUCGGUCUUAUUCAUUGGCUGCGAGAGCCAUUGGGCAAGAUUCGUCAGACUCCCCGCGACACCAGGCCAAUUACAACAUUUAUGUGGAAACUGUGGGUCGGCCGGUGGGCAAUCUCUAUGAGAACAUUGGAUGUGUGGGAUUGGAAAGCUUCAGAGCACCAGCGUCUAACCUCUACAUUAACAGCGAUGAAGUGGCAAAGCUUCGAGAAAGGUCAGAACAGAGUGGUGCGGAGAAUGUGGUGUUUAGUGACAAGCUGUUCCAUAUCUACAAUCAGCCCGUAGCUAUCAUGCAGGCCCCAGAGCUCUUUAAUGCCCAAACAGACCCUUCCGGAAGCAGAUCUGCAACUUUCCCAAGGAACGGCAUGGAGCAUGGACAGCAUCAGACAGAGAGAAACUUAAAAGACGGGUUCACCCAGACGAUGUCCAAAGUCCCGCAGCAAGACAGCGAUGAACCGCAGGCCCUGGAAGGAGCUCAGGCCACUGCCGCUAACCCGGGCCUGUGGGGACGCUACAGUCAUCUCCUGGAGUCCAUGUCUGUCCCGGGAACCUUGAACGAAGCAGCUAGAAUGGGGCCUUUCCGAGGGGAACUCCAGGGAAUAUCGGAGCAGACAUUGCUGGAGCUCUCCAAGGGCAAGCCCUCCAUUCACCCGCCCCGCGCCUGGUUUGUGUCUCUGGAUGGUAAACCGGCAGCUCAAGUCCGUCACUCCGUAAUCGAGCUUCAGGGACGUCAUCGGCCCGGCAGCAGCAACGACACAAGCCUGGACUCUGGAGUGGACAUGAACGAGCUCCAGCAGCCGUUAAGGAAAAGCGACGAGCCGUCGAGCGCCAGCUUGCCUAAGAUCAGUGCCAGUCAGGAGCAGGACUUGAGCAGCAGUGAAGUCGGGAGUCCCGAGGACACGUCCCUGAGGAACACCCUGGAGAGCAGCAGUGCCACCAUUCCCAACAUCCCUGAAGACCGGGACCCGGGCGACACCUCCAGCAAGUCCAAAUCUACACCUCCACCGUGGAGGUUGCGGAAGGUUCGAGAUAAGAAACUAGAGAAGAAGACGUCUCGACACAUGAGGGAUGAGAGACCGCAGACGAAACACUAGCUGAAUAAGACGUGUGUAUGUGUAGCUUUAUGGUGUCUGAUCAAAAUAAUCAAAAUUGCCUUAUUAUAGAAACAUCAGGAAGAAUGAAUCGAACACAAACGUCUGUCUUAUCCUGCCCUGACUCGUCACUGGCUGUAUUCAGUAUUUUUUCGGUGGUUUAUUUGGACGAAAUUUUGCAGCCACAGUGUUUUUACGAACUUCUCUUUCAACAUAUUUGUUUAUCUUCAAAAGUCAAGGUAUGUUAUGUGUAUAUAUCUACAUCUUUCCAAACAUUUGUUGUCCUGUGAGCACAAUGCUCUUCUAGUUCGGGCGAUUAAUUUUCAUUCUAAAAUUGCAUUGAUACGAAUCAGUUUAUUCAUUAAAAUACACAGGAAACUGCCACAGAGUGUCAUGAACACAAGACAGCGAUGGACUGAGAAACUGAGCACUGUAAACACAAAGUGAAGCACUCGAUCCAUAUGUGUGAGUUUUUUGAGAGAGCGACUGAGGUGUCAUUUUUACACCCUGUACUUCUUUACUGUAUUAUUGCUAGUCUCAUGUGCAUGCGUUCAUCAUUUAAUGUGUUCAUGUGUAAGAAUGUAGACGACGUCUCAGGUCAUGACUCGGGCACGUUUUAAUGAUUCUUGUGCUAAUCUGUGUUUUGGGUUUAGAAUAUUUAAUCUUCACAAACAAAUCAGCUCAUGCACUGUUGGAUCUUUACUAUUUUUGACAGUUUGUCUCUUUAUUCAUGAGAAACAAGUUCGUUGUUGACAGGCAGCAAAUUAAAAUAACAUUCGACAUUUUAACCGAAGUUUGACUGAGAAAGAGUGAAGAUUGUUUUUCAUAUCAGUUAUUUUGCAUCGUAGCGUCUCUUAUUUACGAAACUGUAACAUUGAUUUAUAUUCGGCUGUUUAAUAUAUUCAAUUGUAAUAUACUAGUUUGUAAGGAUUAUGAUUUUGUGGAUGCUUUAUGACACAGCUUGUAAUCUGCCUUUUUGUGCACAUUUAAU